AUGGCGGAUGGCAAUAGCCACCCAUUCAAUAAUGAUGUUAUUGCUGAUGAUACGAUAGUUCAAUUACAAAAACAACUAUCACAUCAACAACAACAUCAUCAAAAUAUUUCUAAACAUAAAGAUCUUAUUGAUCUUCUUUCCUCAAAUAAUACAAGUAAUCAUUUUUUAAAUACAAAUGAUCCAUCUAUAAAUAUAUCAUCACAAACAAUAACUGAUGAUGAUUUCAAUCGUCUUAAAUCAAUAAUACGUUCAACAAUAUGGUCUAUUGAUAAUUCUAUACGUCGACAAUUAUGGAUGAAUAUAUUAACAUUAAAUCGAGUUAGCACAUCCAAACAACAAAAUGAACAUCGUCAUCUAUCACAAAUACCUAUUCCCACAUUAUCAGUAACAAUUGAUAAUAGUCUAUUUUCUUUAACAUCAAAAUUUAAUCAAUGGCCAAAUUAUGUUGAUACAACUAAUAUAUGUCUUUAUCAUUUAACUGAACCAUCGGGACGUUUAUUAUUACAACGUAUUCUAUUUACAUUUGCAUUGCAUCAUCCUGAUUUAACCUAUUGUCCUGCAUUAGAACCAUUUUCAUCUUUACUUUUACAUUAUUUUAAUGAACAUGAAGUUUUAUAUUUAAUUAAUCGUUUAUUAAUUAAACAUUGGUUAUGUGGUGAAACACGUUUACAAUGGGAAGCAAAUUGUAAUGUAUUUAAAAAAUUAUUAAAACUUUAUUAUAAAUCAACAGCUGAUGCAAUUGAAUUACGUUAUCCAAAUACAAAAAUAUUCUAUCAAGAAUGGUUUUGGUGGAUAUUCCGUUACUUACCAUUUUCUUAUCUUGUAAAAAUUAUGGAUUGUUUCUUUCUUGAAGGCCCAAAAAUUUUAUAUCGUGUUGGUUUAGCACUGGUUCAUUUAUUUAUUAAAACGGUCAAAAAUGAAUCGAGUGGAAGUAUUCGAAAUAUGGCUGAUUUUUGCCAACAAAUUCCUAUAUCAAUUGAUCAACUUUUACGGGCUGCAUUUCAUAUUCGAAAUUUAAAACGAAGUACAAUAGAACAAUUAGUUGAUCAUGAAGAAAAAUUAUUACAUAGUACUCGUCAUUCUUCUCGACCAGAUGAACUUGAUCAAUCAAAUAAUUUAAAUAAUAUUAAUAUAAAUUCUAAUAAUAAUUUAAAUAAUAAUGGAAAUAUAAAUAAUCAUCAAUCAAUAUUUAUUACUCCACAACAUCUUACACGAAUACCAAAAACAUCUGUACUUGAUCAUCAACAAUUUGUAACAUUAUGGAAUUGGUUACCAGUACGUUUAAGUCUUACUCAACCUCAUUUAGUAUUUACUACCCAAGAACAUGGAUUUCGUUUACAAACAUUAUUAGACAAAAUAAAUGAAAUCGAAUAUUCAAUAUUAAUUAUUAAAACAACAAAUGGCGAGAUAUUUGGUGGAUUUUGUGCCGGACUUUGGUCUGAUCGUCAUAAUAAAACAUAUUUUGGUUUUGGUGAAUCAUUUUUAUUCACACUUUUACCAAAACAAACGAGAUAUUCUUGGGUUGGUCAACAACAAGACAGUGAUAAUCGACAACAUCAACUUAAACGAGAACUUUUUCUAUUUGUUAAUAAUGAAAAAAUAAUUAUUGGUGGAGGUAAUGGUGAUGGGUUAUGUAUUGAUGCAUCAUUAUGCGAAGGUCGUACAGCUCAUUGUGAAACAUUCAAUAAUGAACCACUUUGUUCAUCACCAUAUUUUUCUAUAUCAAUGAAUUUAAAUUAUUUAAUUUUAUUAACUUUUUUACAUACAAAUAUUUAUGCAUUAAAACCAAUACAUUUAACAAUUGUUGUAUGUGGUUAUAGACUUGACGAAGCAUUAAAUGCAUUAAAAUCUUCAUUAAUAUUUACACCAUCACCACUUAUUUUUCAUAUUUUUACUGAAGAUCAUUUACGAGCAGAAUUUUUACGAAAAAUUGAUUUGGAAUGGCCUGUGGAAUAUCAAUCAAAAUUUCAAAUUGAAUUUUAUCCAAUACAAUUUACACGUGGAAAUGAUGAACAAUGGAGAACAUUAUUUAAACCAUGUUGUACACAACGAUUAUUUAUUCCUGAUGUACUGAAAAAUAUUGAUUCAGUCAUUUAUGUCGAUACAGACACAUUAUUUUUAAGCAAUGUACGAAGUUUAUGGCGUCUUUUUCGAAAAUUUAAUUCAACCCAAUUAGCUGCAUUAACAGCAGAACAUGAAGAUCCAUCUAUGGGUUGGUAUAAUCGUUUUGCACGUCAUCCAUAUUACGGAGCAAUGGGACUGAAUUCCGGUGUAAUGUUAAUGAAUUUAACACGUAUGCGUCAAGUCGAUAUGAUUUCAAAGAUAAUGGAUAUUUUCGAUGAGUACCACAUGAAUAUUACUUGGGGUGAUCAAUGUUUAUUGAAUAUUUAUUUUAAUUAUUAUCCAGAGCAAAUAUAUGAAUUUAGUUGUGAUUGGAAUUAUCGUCCUGAUCAUUGUAUAUAUGAAAAUAAUUGUCAAAUAGCUAAAACAGAUGGUAUUAAAAUUCUUCAUGGUUGUCGUAGUGCAUUUCAUAAUGAUAAAUAUCAAGAAUUUAAAGCUAUCUAUCAAGUUAUACAAAAUUGGAAAUUUGAUUCAGAUUUAAAACUUUCAUUAUUAUCACAAAUAAAAACUAAUUUAAAAAAUUAUUCAUUAACAAAUUGUGGCAAAGCUUCAGAAUUAUUUACAAAACAUUUAUCAAAAGAAAUCUCAUUGUUAGAUCAUUCAUUUAAAAAGAUCUUUCAUAUUGCUUUUAUUUUUAAUGACAAUUGGAAUUUUAUUGAACAAUCGCAUGUUCUUCUUAAAUCUCUUCUAUUAUUUUCUUCAAAUAAUACUAAUAAUCAAAUACAUUUACAUGUUAUUUUAACAGAUAAUCAUAGUCAAAAUUAUUUUUCUAAACAAAUUGAAUCAAUGGAUUAUUUGAUUACCUAUUACAAUUCUACAAUAACGCAUCCGUUUCAACUCUCGACAAUAUUAAAUGUUGAUCGUGUUGUUUAUUUAAAUCCAAAUAUGAUAUUCAUAAAUUCUUUUGAUAAAUUAUGGUCAUUAUUUGAUCAAUUUCAAUCCAAACAAAUUAUCGGAAUGUUUGGGCAAUGUCAAAUGUCAGGUUCGUCCAAUGUAUUACUUCUUCAUUUAAAUGAAAUGAAAAAUAUGGAUAUUAAUUUCGAACGUAUAAAUCAGUUAUCAACUGAUAAUGUUUAUUUUCUUCCGUGCAAAUAUAUUCUUGAUACUGAUCAUUGUCAAUCAAUAAAACAUGGAUUAUUACUUUUCGAAAAUAUAAAUCAUUCAUUAUUUGGUAGUUUAUAUAAACUAAUUAGUCAAAUUGAUUUAAUAAAAUCAAAUGAUGCAAUUGAGAUUGAAUUAAAUCAAAUUAAAAAUUUACAAUGUCGAAAUGAACUUACGUACACUAAAUGGCGUACGACGAGGUGUCACCACCAAAAAAAACGUUGGCAACAACAAAGUUGUUCAUCAAUACCUUCACCAUUAUCAUCAACGUCGUCUUUUACAUUAGAUGCUAAUCAAUGGCGACAACAAAGUAUACUUGUACUUGAUAAUCAGAAUCUUAAUAUAUAUCAUAUGGGUAUAAUUCUCGAUAUAAUCGAUUCUCAUCUUGUAACAGUAUCACUUCGUGAUGAACAAUCAUCAACAAUAACAGUUGAUUUAAAUCGACCUAUUUGUAAUCAUUUACCAUCAAUUAUAAUUGAUAAUAUUCCAGCAUGUCAAGAUCUUAUUGCUGGUACAGAGGUAUGUGCUCGACAAAUAGGAAAUAGUAAAACAAAUCAAUUUCAAUGUGGUCGUAUACAAUCUAAACAUUCAAAACUUGAACCAUGGCAUGAAGAAUUACGUCUGUAUCGUGAAAAUUUAUCUACUUCAACUGUAUUUCGACCAAUAUCACUUAAAGUGUCUACUGAUAAUGAUAAUAUAGACGAACAACAACAACAACAGCCACCACCACAACAGACAGCAUUUCCAACACCACCAAUCGAACAUAAAGAUGAUGAUGAUGAUGAAGAUGUCGAAAGAGAAUUACAAAAAGAUCAACAAACAAAUAAUAAAUUUCAAGGAAUAAAAAAAGGAGAUAUAUUUACAAUGGGUAAUACGGGUAUACGUAAAAAAUUCAAUGGAAAACAAUGGCGUCGUUUAUGUGGUAUGGAUCAAUGUCAAAAAGAAUCCCAACGACAUGGGUAUUGUUCAAAACAUUUAUCACAAAUGCGUGAACCACAUGCUUAUCAACAUGUACAACGAUUUGUUGGUUCAAUGGGAAGUUUUCCUCCAGUUAAUCCAAUUCCAUUUCUUGCAGAAUUGUAUCAAAGUGGUCUUGAUUAUCCUGGUCUACCACCACAAAUGUCAGCAUUCUAUCAUCCAAUGAUGCAAGUAGCACCUAAUGUAUUAAAUACAAUGCCGACACUUCGAUCAUUUUCCACACCAUCACCAUCAUCGACAUCAACAUCAUUACUAGUCAAUUCAAAUCAAUCACCUAGCGCUUUUGUACCACAUAUACCCAUUGUUCGACAGUAUUCUGCUAAUAUAACUCCACCACCAUCAUCGUCAUCAUCAACACCAGUAUUAUCAAAUAAUACAAAUUCAUCUACUCGUCGAUCGAGUGAAGAUGAUGAUUCAGAAGUUGAUAUUGAAACUUUGCCACCACCACCAUCAUCAUCAUCGUCCACUAAUAAACGAUUUCGUUGCGAUAAUAAUGAAAACGACAAAUACAAUAAUACAAACAAAUAA